GGUUUCCAGAUUUUACUGCACGCAAAGGAAAUCAGUCAUGACACUAAGAAAUUCCGAUUUGGGCUACCUUCAACUGAUCAUAUAUUAGGAUUACCUGUAGGCCAACAUGUUUACCUUUCUGCAAAAAUCGAUGGCAAUCUGGUGAUUCGAGCCUAUACCCCAGUUUCCAGUGACGAGACAAAAGGUUACGUUGAUUUAAUUAUAAAGGUCUACCACAAAAAUGUGAAUCCCAAGUUCCCAGAAGGUGGGAAGAUGUCUCAGUACCUAGAUAGCAUGAAGAUUGGAGAUACUAUUGAUUUCAGAGGGCCAAAUGGACUCCUUGUGUAUAAGGGGGCAGGUACCUUUCUUAUCAAGCCUAAUAAGAAGUCUGAAGCAGAGAAAAAGUUUGCAAAGCAUGUUGGGAUGAUAGCUGGAGGAACAGGAAUAACCCCGAUGUUGCAGCUGAUUCGUCAGAUCACAAAUGAUCCCAAGGACUCCACAAAAUGUUACCUCAUUUUUGCCAAUCAGACAGAAAGUGAUAUAUUGCUGAGAGCUGAGCUAGAAGAUAUUGCGAAGAGGCAUCCUGAGCAGUUUGUGCUGUGGUACACACUGGACAGACCUCCUCAAGACUGGAAGUACAGUUCUGGCUUUGUCACUGCAGACAUGAUGAAAGCCCACCUCCCUUCCCCGGGCAGUGAGACCCUCAUUCUCAUGUGUGGGCCACCUCCAAUGAUUCAGUUUGCCUGUCAGCCCAACCUGGACAAGCUUGGCUAUCCCAAGAGCAGCACAUUUGCUUAUUAACACAGAUGCCAUCUGAUACCUUUUUAUUUUCUUGAUCCCUUUUGGACUCUUUCUGUUUUCUGGAGACCAUGGAGAUUGUGGACUUGAAUCCAUUCCCGAAGAAAGAGGUGAAGGGUCAUCUGAGACUACUGUACCAUCCAUGUUCUCUGUUUCUCCUGGGUUAAGAACAGCAUUACAGUCACAUUUUGUACUAAUUAUUGGUAAAGUUUUUGUCUGGGAGACUGAUAUUUUAAUGCAGACCAUAAUAAAAAAGUACAGAUACCU